AUGCCAUUGGAAGAUUAUCAGAAGAAUUUCUUGGAGCUUGCCAUUGAGUCCCAAGCUUUGAAGUUUGGCUCUUUCACUUUGAAGUCCGGCAGACAAUCCCCAUAUUUCUUCAAUUUGGGUUUGUUCAACACUGGUAAGCUGCUAUCCAACUUGGCCACGGCCUAUGCAAUUGCCAUUAUCCAAUCUGACUUGAAGUUUGACAUCAUCUUCGGUCCAGCUUACAAAGGUAUCCCCUUAGCUGCCAUUGUAUGUGUUAAGCUUGCUGAAAUUGGUGGUUCGAAGUUCCAAAAUGUCCAGUACGCUUUCAACAGAAAGGAGGCCAAGGACCACGGUGAAGGUGGUAACAUUGUUGGUGCAGCUCUAGAAGGUAAGAAGAUCUUGAUUAUCGACGAUGUUAUGACCGCCGGUACUGCCAUCAACGAGGCCUUUGAGAUUAUUGCUGCCAACCAAGGUCAAGUAGUGGGAUCUAUCAUCGCUCUAGAUAGACAAGAAGUUGUCGGCUCGCCAGAUUCUACAGAUAGCAUGAGCGCCACCCAGGCUGUAAGUAAAAGAUACAACAUUCCAGUUCUAAGCAUUGUAUCACUGAGCCAUGUUAUUAAUUUCUUGGAUGGUAGAAUCACCGCUGAGGAGAAACAGAAAAUUGAAGACUACUUGCAAAAGUACGGGGCCUAG